AUGUCGCCAAACUACGGUCCUGAAUAUACUGCCUCCAAGCUUACUACCCAUGGCUUGAAGUUCUACAACUGGGCUGGAGCUGGUGAACAGGCGGCGGAGCAUUUUGGACUCUCCCAUGCUGUGAUCAUUCCUGCAAAUGCUCGCCGUGUAUUGAUCGGAGGCCAACUUGGAAUUCGAGAUGAUGGUACGAUCCCCACAGACCCGGCAGAGGAAGCGGAUAUUGCCUUUGAACACGUUGAGCGUGCCCUGAAGGCAGCUGGCUUCGGAGAUGAUGCGUGGGAAUAUGUCUAUAAGAUUAACACCUACGAGAUUGCAGGAGAGGGAGUUCAGCCCGGUAUUGGGAAAGCAGCUCGCAAGUACUUGAAGAACACCCGCCCGGCAUGGACUGGUGUGAAUGUUGCUUCUCUCGUGAUGCCAGGCCUCCAUUUAGAGAUUGAGGUUGAGGCAUAUCUUCCAAACUGA